AUGCCCUGGAAGAACAGUCGACUGAAUGCGAAAACCCCCACCACCGGCGGCGGCCUUCUUCAGGGCCUCGUGGUUCCUGCACCACUCGUCCCAAGCCUUCUUCAUCUCCUCCUGCACCGCCGAGCCCUCCUCAGCGUCCCCAAUCACGGCAUCAACAGCAGCGCGGUCGCCCUUUCCGGCGUAGAACACGCUCGAGGCCGCGAUCAAACACGCCGGCACCGCCGCCUUGGCGUGCGCCUUGGUCUCGCCGGCCUUGAGCUCCUCGUACACGCCCCUCAGGACCUCGAGCGCCUCCUGCUUGUCGACCUUCUUCUCCUCCUUCUUGCCGCCGGCGACCCCGGACCUUGCCUUGCGCAGCUUCUUCUGGUAGUCCUUGAUCAGCUCAAACGCCCGGUCGGACAGUGUCUUGAUGGUCGACGUGCGGACGAGCUGCAGCAGCGGCUGCAGGACGGCGAGCGCCGUCGGGUUCGCCGCCUCGUUCCUCACGUAAACCUCGAGCAGGUCCAGCACGCGCCGCUUGAAGUUGACGACGGACUCCUUGGCGGCCUUGCGCUCCUUCUUCUUGCUCGGCGCCGCCUUGGCGCGCUGCUUGAACACCUCGGCCAGCUUGCUGUCGAGCUCCAGCAUGUCGGAAUCGCUCAUGUCCGAGUCGUCGUCCGAGGUCUCGGCCUCCUGGUCCUUAUCAAGCCGGUGGCUGUUGAGGAUCUUGCUGAGUGCGUCGUCGAGUGCCUCGAGGUUCUUGCCCUCUUCAGCGUCGGCUUCGUCAAUCUCAACCAAGAACUCCGCAGCACCCUCCUCGUCCGUCUGCAGACGAGUCUGGUACUCCUUCAGAUCGCUCAGAAGCUGGAACGCGUCCGGUUCCUCGUUGUAAAGCUGGAAGAUGGCGAUGGCGUGGAGGAGAGCCAGACCCUGUGCGAUCUUGACCUCAUCCGAGGCGUUCUCGCCGGCGGAGGUGCUCUUCUUCAUGAGCUUCUCCAACCGCUUGCGUGCCGAGUUGACUUCCUUCUUCAUCUCGCCUUCCAUGCGGAUGUACUCUGGGUUGAUGGACAGAACCGCGGUGCAGAGAGCGGGCUCAGGGGCCGAGGUGGUAAGGCGGAAGAUGUAUUCGAUGUAGACGCGGAGGUCGAGCUUGACCGCAUUGAUGUCCUUUCUGUGGCAUUGUCAGUUUCAGGCCGCAAACGAACUCUUGGGGGUUUCGACGUACGACGUGGUGGAGGUCUUCAUGACAGGCCCGCUCAGGACCUGGAUGACAUCCUCGCCUGUCUCGGCUUUCACAUGCUGAAGGAUCUUGUCGACAGUCUUGCUCUUGGUCAUGACAUCGAACCGGUACAGUCCGUUGUUGUUGAUCAGGUUGUCGAGGAUGAUACCGGUGGCUUCGGGGUGCGCCGCAGAGGUUUCCUCAAUAACCUUGCAGGUCUUGAGGGCUGCGCGGUGCAGGAAGCGGUCCUCUUGUGCGGCCUGGUUGAUAAGACAGGUCAUCAGGUUUCUGCUGAAUAG